CCAUCUCCCUCGGGUAGCGCAGACUCUCCCUUUUACCGGAAGACGUAUUCCUCUCGCCGACCAGGCGCAGACGCAGACGCAGACGCAGACGCAGCGCUGGACCCGCAGCCCUAAGACAAAGAGUGACGUCCUGAACCGGAAUCAUGGAGGCGACCCAUCCCGACGUGGCGGCCACUGGGUGCUCCGAGCCGCCGCGGGAGAGAGAGGAAGAAGCCGGCCCGAGCUCAGGCCCGGAGCGUAACUCCGCGGGCUCCUCGUCGACUCCUGAGAUCCCACCGCCUGAACCCGCCAACGCUGAACCCGAAGCGAUCCCUCCGCCCGUGGCGGCCUCCGCGGGCCCCGCGCCGCUUGCUGAUGCCGCUCCGCGCACCGCCCCAGGCCCUGAGGGCUCCCGGCUCGGCCCGGAGAUCUUCCGCCAGCGUUUCCGACAGUUCCGCUACCGAGACGCAGCAGGCCCGCGAGAGGCGUUUCGGCAGCUGCGGGAGCUCUCUCGCCAGUGGCUGCGACCCGACAUCCGCACGAAGGAGCAGAUCGUGGAGAUGCUGGUGCAAGAGCAGCUGCUCGCCGUUUUGCCCGAGGCGGCGCGGGCCCGGCGGCUUCACCGCCGCUCCGAUGUUCGCAUCACCGGCUGAGCGGCUGGCGGCCAGGUCCAGGCGCUCUCUGGACUGCAGCCGUGAUCGGGUCCUGGGGCCUGAGCCUCGCUCCCUAAUCCACGUUAAUGAAAACGAGCUUUGGCAGCUCUUGUAGUCUGAUGUAGCCCUUUCGUUCGUUCUUUACUGGGUUUAUUUUCCCGAGCUCGGGAAAACAACAACCUUUGUUCUUGUUAGUGGGAGCCCAUGAGAAUAAAGCCUUUGUUUCCUAUUCA